AUCAUUCGUGAGGUUGCCUCCAAUGUGUUAACUGCUAGGUUUAGGCCCGGUGUCUUACUAGUGAUUAACUAGGACGAUUAGUCCGAUUUUGAUAUUUUCGCUAUUUAGCUGGUUACAGCACCCAAGAAGGAUACUUCUGAGCAAGUAUCCUUAGAACUCCUCCGAGUUGUCCAGAGUGGACCCCUGGUGAACGGCCAAGCUCUGACUAUUCACCAAUUGGUCUGCUUAAUUAUCUCCAUUCUUUGACUGACCCUGACCUGCAAAGUCAACUGUUUAUAAAGGAGCCUCAUAGGUUUGCGACCUUGAACCAACCAUCUACUGGAAAAAGUGAUUCUUCAGUGAACAACCCAAGAGUACCCACCCUGAGCCAGGCAUAAGGUUGCUUUUGCUUGGAAAGUGAAAGAGCACUACUAAACCAGAGACAACACCCUCACAAAAGCAGUCCAAGCAACCUAACCAGCGUGUGAUGGAGAAGAAGCCCGAAGCUUCAGGAAAAGGGCAAAAGAGAAAACACCAAGAUGAAAGUAGGAUCGAGAUAGAUUCUGAAGCUUUGGGACAAGAUCCAAAAAGGAAAUGCCAGGAUGGAACAACGAUGGUAUUUAAGGUGCCUGGCAAGGCUCAAAAGAUGACCCCUCAGGAGCCUCCAGACCUAGAGCUUGCUAUAGAACAGUUUAGUAAGGGUCAGGUACGGAAAUCCCAGGGAGAGACUCCAAACCAACCAAAACCCCUAGAGUUGACCGAAGGUCCUCCAGAGCAGGUUGUAACAGGAAGGGCGCCUGCUGAUAGUGGCAAGGGUCACAAGCGGCCCUAUUCUGCCAUGGAGGAAAACGAACAAAUCCCCCAAAAGGAAAAGAAAAGAAGGUUGCUUCAAAACCUUAAGCUAAUCCUUAUAAAGGCUGGGAAGAUCAAAGGGGGCGAGUCAGAAGACAGUCAUGGAUCAGAAACAACUCUUAGAGAUCCAGAACCAUCUACUGUUGUGGCUCUAAAAGAAUGUCUUUCACCAGACGAGAGAGAAAAGUGUUGUUUUGAGGAGACAUCUGUUACAGAGAAGAAAGGUUGUGUAAAGGUUGAAGGAAGAAGGGGGAAUAGCUUGGAGCCUGGAACACAGGCUCAGAUCAUCCUGGAUAGCAGCAGAGGCAAUAGCUUACUCCCCAACAAGAUGGCAGUACUUGCAGCACAGAAAAAGCCUCUCAGAGACCACGAAAAGCACAGAGAAAUGGAUCAAAUCCUUGAUAUUACAGAGGACAUGGAGAAGGAAAUUGAGAAUGCACUGGGUCCAGGACCCCAAGAGGAAAUCCUAAGUUCCAGAUUUAAGUUGCUAAUCACCAGAGGAGAUAUCCAGACCCUGAAGAAUGGUCAGUGGCUCAAUGAUGAGGUCAUCAAUUUCUACAUGAACCUGCUGGUUGAGAGAAAUGAAAACCAAGGCUACCCGGCUCUGCAUGUCUUUAGCACUUUCUUUUACCCCAAGCUAAAGCAUAGUGGUUACAGUUCUGUGAAAAGAUGGACUCGAGGCAUCAAUCUCUUUGAAAAAGAACUCAUCUUGGUGCCUAUUCACCAGAGGUUACAUUGGAGCCUGGUGGUAAUCGAUUUAAGGAAACAAAGUAUUGCAUACUUCGAUUCCAUCGGACAGACAGGGAAGUCUAUCUGUGAGACCAUCUUCCAAUAUUUACAAAAUGAGAGCAAGACCCGCAGGAACAUUGAGCUGGACCCUUUGGAGUGGAAGCAGUACAGUAUGGCAUCAGAGGAGAUUCCUCUGCAAAUGAAUGGGAGUGACUGUGGAAUGUUUACCUGUAAAUAUGCAGAUUACAUCGCUAGGGACCAGCCUGUGACCUUUUCUCAGCAACACAUGCCCACCUUCAGGAAGAGGAUGGUCUGGGAAAUCCUGCACAGCCAGUUACUGUAACAACACCCACCUGGUUGCUAUGGUCCCCAUCCCUGUUCUUUUCCAUCACUGUUUCUUAUAUACCUCAGGUAGGGUGCGUUGAAGAGAUAUAAGACAGGUACUGAGCUGUCUCACUGGAUGAAGCCCACUCUCUUCAAUAUAGUCCUCACGUGGGAUGUGGGACUGAUGCCCUAAUGCCAACUCUAGGAUGCACGCAACUAUUGCAAGCUUAGUCUACUGCUGCUGCCCAACCCAUAGGAGACCAUGUGUCAAGAAAUACUGUUUUGAUGCUGGAAUUAAAUGAAUUUAUGUUUUUUUUUUGUUUUCUUUUUUUUUUAAUCUUGCUUUUUUUUGUUUUUGUGUGGGUUGGGUUUUGUUUGUUUGUUUGUUUGUUUUCUUUUUGUUUAAUGUUUCAUUGAGUUUUGGGGUUUUUGGUUUUUUCUUUUUUCCUUUUUUUUUUGUUUUCGUUUUUGUUUUUGUUUUUGUGUGUGUGUGUGUGUGUUUUUUGUUGUUUUUAUCUCUUGGUUUUUUUGUGUUUUGUUUGUGAUUUCUUGUUUUUUUUUUUUUUUUUUUUUUGGUCUGUGUUUUGUCUAUUUUUGGUUUUUGUUUUAUAUUUUUUGUUUUUUGGUUGUGUUUUUGGUUUUGGUUUUGUUUUAUGUUGUUUUUUUAUGUUUUGGUUUAGUUUUUUUGUGUUUUGGGUGUUGUUGUUUGUUCUGUUUUUUGUUUUUGUCUGUUUUUGUUUGUUUGUUUUUUAUGUUUUGGUUUAGUUGUUUUUUUGUGUUUUGGGUGUUGUUGUUUGUUCUGUUUUUUGUUUUUGUCUGUUUUUGUUUGUUUGUUUUUUUAUGUUUUGGUUUAGUUGCUUUUUUGUGUUUUGGGUGUUGUUGUUUGUUCUGUUUUUUGUUUUUGUCUGUUUUUGUUUGUUUUUGUCUUCCUGACCCCUCUCCACUGAUUGUUUUCCUUAACUCACUUGCAAACCUUGGCCAUUGUCAUUUCCCAUCCUCCAGUCCUUGUUUGAAGUGUCUAUCUCUGAAAGGAAUGUCCAUCAUGGUGCCAUUUCCUGUUGAAGAUCAGGAGGGACAUCAGCAGGAAGAGGCAGAAGCCCUUCACUAGCAUCUCUAAUGCUGGACUUGUAUGCUGUUCAAUUAAAGCAGGCAAUGGUGGUGUUUUUUUUUUUUUUAAUGUUUUUUUUUAAAGUUUGAUAAUAGUAUGAGAAAUGAAAAUGAGUUGCACAGACUGGCGCUGUUCUGCACCACUGUACUCUGCUGGACCUCUACAGGAUGUAGAACUGCAGCCAGACUACUGACUGGACUCCAGGACAAGUUAGAAAAGCACCAUGGUCACUUAAAGUCUCAUUCUUUUCCAGACCUGCCUUAGUUUUGGAAGUUGAUUUGACAUAACUAUAAUGGCAAAUGUCCAUUUCUAUCUCAGGUCUCAUUGAAUACAAACCCCAUCUAUUGCUGUAUUGAAUCAUUUUUUUAAAAAAGUCCUAUUCAUUUUAAAUUUUUUUUCUUAAGUUUUGGUAUACAUUAAGAUUAAAUUGAGAUUUUUUUCUCAUUAGAUUAAUAUUCCCACUGUGGAAAAUUGGGGAUUUAGUAUUUAUAGUUGAAACCGCCAAUUAUGUAAUAAUCUAUUUUACAUGUGAUAGUUUUAACUUUUCUAUUCAUUAUCUUAUGGUUGUGUUCAUGCAAUCUUUACUUAAUAAAGUUUAAAGUUAUUUGAACAUUUCACAAGAUCUGGUGUCUCGUGUUUCUUUUAUGGCAUCCUAAUAAAGCCUGGUUUGUGAGGUGACCUGAGAAGCAGGUGUUGAGGGUGUGACUCAUCAGCUUAAGCCUUAGAUACAUUGUGCACCCCAGUGAUUGGGAUUAU